AAGAGUGAAAAAAAGCCCCGAAACUGAAGAAAGGGAUGACAGAACAGAGGAGAAGGAGCCAAAGGUGAAAGGAAAGAGUCGGACCUCUGCCAGCCCAGACGCACCGGACAGUGAGAAGAGAAGAAAAAGACCCAAGAGCACAGCAGACGAUGGAGAGGAGAAGAGUAAGAAAGUGCAGAAAAAGAAGGGAGGAACAGAUGAGAAGGUAAAGAAGAAAAAGAAAGGAGAGGAAGACGUGAAGGAGGAUGCUGAGGCAGUAGAUGGAGAAGAGGAUGGUGAUGAGCAGAACAACAAUGAGCCAGUCAAAAAGGAAAAGCAGAAAAAAGAGAAACCUCCAGCAGUGGAAGAUGGUGAGGAGGUGAAAAAAGAGAAAGAGAAAAAGAAGAAGAAGAAGAAGAAAGAGGCAGAAAGUGAGGUGGCAGCAGGAGCCGAAGAAGGAGAAGAGGACGACAUGGAAAAGAAGAGUAAAGACGGAAAAAAGAAGAAGAAGUCUGCUGAAGAGGCUGAGGAGGACGAGGAAGUCCAGGAGGAAGAGACCGAAGAGGAAGAGGAGAACAAAAACAAGAAGAAAAAGGAUAAAAAGAAGAAGAAGGGUUCAGAGAGUGAUGAUGAAAAGAAAGGGAAGAAAGGGAAGAAAAAGAACAAGCAGCUAGAUUACGCUGAGCUCUACCAGCAGGAGAUUAGGAAUUAUCACUCGGAGGACUCGGAUGGGUACGAAGAUGAAUACUAUAAGAAAAAAGUGUAUGAGGUGGUGACAGUAACAGGCGAUGUGAAAGCAGCAGGAACCGAUGCUAAUGUUUUUGUCACCUUGUACGGAGAGUAUGGUGUUACACCGAAGGUUCUCCUCGCCAGCAAGAGCCGCGUGGCAUUCGAAAAGAAUAAAACUGACGUGUUCCGGAUUAAAACACACAAUGUCGGGCCCAUAAAAAAACUCAGGAUCGAGCAUGAUAACACAGGAAUGAGUGCCAGGUGGUAUCUGGAUAGAGUCACGUUGCUGGACAUGAACAGGCCACACCUUCGCCUUUUCUUUGCCUGCAGCCGUUGGCUGGCCCGGGAUGUGGGGGAUGGACUUACCGUGAGAUACCUCCUGGGCAGCCUUAAUCCUAUGAACAUCCCUAAACAAAACAAGUACAUUGUCAGCGUGUUUACACUGGAUGUCAAAGGUAGCGGAACAGAUGCAGAUGUUUAUCUGACCAUCUUUGGAGAGCAUGGAGAUACUGGAGAGAGGAAACUUGUGAGUGAAGGGAAGGAUACUUUUGAGAGGGGAAAUGAGGAUAAAUUCACCAUUGAGAAUCCAAACCUGGGCAGACUGACAAAAAUCACCAUUGGACACAACAACAAGGGCUCCUCAGCAGGCUGGGGCUGUGAUAAGGUGGUCAUAGAUGAUUUGGGUAAUAAGGAGGUGUAUCAGUUUCCUGUUGAUGCUUGGUUUGACAUAGCCGAGGGUGAUGGAAAGAUACAGAGAGAUGUGGCAGUAGGAGCUAUGCAACCGAUGGCGAUGGUGUAUAACGUCCAGGUGAUGACUGGAGAUAUUCGAGGUGCUGGCACCAACUCCAAGAUCCAUUUGGUGAUGCACGGCCAGAAGGGCAUCAAAAACAGCGGGAAGAUGUUUUUGGAAGGUGGAACAUUCGAGCGCGCUCAGAUCGACAUCUUUAAUGUUGAGAUUAUGGAUCUGAUCAGUCCACUCAGCAGAGUCACCAUCGGCCAUGACAAUGCUGGAAUCAGCUGUGGCUGGUACUGCGAGAAGGUGACAGUGUAUUGCCCUUUUACAGGGAUAGAGCAGGUUUUCCCAUGUCGCCGCUGGUUGGAUGAAGACGAUGGAGAUGGUUUGGUAGAGAGGGAGCUGUACGAAAUGGUCUCAUUGCGCAAACGCAAACUGAAGAAGCACCCAUGGUCACUGUGGAUCUUUACAUCGGAAACAAAAGGAGCAGGUACAGAUGCACAGAUAUUUAUACAAGUGUAUGGGGAAAAGGGCAAAAGCGACGAAAUGAAGCUGGAGAGCAAAUCAGACAGCUUCGAGCAGGGCCAGUGUGACAAGUUCAUGAUCUUGAUGCCUGAGAUUGGGAAGAUAAGGAAGUUGAGAAUUUGGCACGAGAAGAGACACCCGUUCUCCGGCUGGCACCUAGGCAGAGUUACCUUAAUGAAGACCAUGACCAGAGAGAAAUAUAACUUUGCCUGUAAUCGCUGGCUGGACAUCAACGAGGAUGACCAGGAGAUCAUCAGAGAACUGCCAGCUACAGGAGUCCAUGUUCCAGACCCACUGCCAUUGGUGAAAUAUCGAGUCACUAUCUGCACAGGGAACGUAACCGGCAGCGGGACGGACGCGAGUGUGUAUAUGAGCUUGGUUGGAGACCUGGGGGACACAGGAGAGAGGUUCAUGUUUAUGAGCAAAACCAAUGUCAACAAGUUUGAGAAGGGCAACGCAGAUGAGUUUAUGAUAGAGGCUGUAUCACUUGGGACCCUCAGGAGGGUGAGGAUCGGUCAUGAUGGCCGGGGUGGAGGUUGUGGUUGGUUCCUGGAUAAAGUGUUGAUCAGAGAGGAGGGACAACCCGAGUCCACCAGUGUGGAGUUUCCCUGUAACAGAUGGUUGGAUCGUAGUGAAGAUGAUGGACAGAUAGUGCGGGAGCUGGUGCCCAGUGCGGAUGGCCAACGAUUGUUCAAUGUGAGUUACCACAUCGCGAUAAAGACAGGCAGCAUUAGCGGUGCAAGCUCAGACUCAAAAGUGUUUGUAAAACUCUACGGCGAGAAAGGCGACACCAAUAAGAUCCUGCUUGUUGCCUCAGAUACUAGCCACAAUAACUAUUUUGAGACCGGCCAGACUGACAUCUUCACCGUGGAGACCUUUGACCUUGGCCAGAUAAAUCGACUCCUGAUUGGCCAUACAAAUGAGGGCCUGCAGGCAGGUUGGUUCCUGGACAGUGUGUUGAUCUGGGUGCCGGUGCACGGACUUCAGUACAUGUUCCCCAGUCACCGCUGGCUCUGCAGAGACGAGGCUGAUGGCAAAGUGGAGGUUGAGAUCUACCCGAGCGAAAUACAGGAUAUUGAAAAAUUGAUUAACUAUGAAGUGACAGUUGUGACGGGGGAAGUUUUUGCGGCUGGCACCGACGCCAAGGUGUUUCUGCAAAUCUAUGGUGAAGAGGGCAAGACUGAAGUGAUUCAGCUAAGGAGUCGCUCGAACAACUUUGAGAGAGGGACCACCGAGAUCUUUAAGAUUGAGGCUCUGGAUGUGGGGCGAGUUUAUAAGAUCCGUAUUGGGCACAAUGGAGCAGGGAUGGCUCCUGGCUGGUUCCUGGAGUACGUGGACGUGAAACAGCUCAUCAUGGCCAUGGUAAAACCUGAGAAGAAAGAGGAGGAGAAGAAAGACAAGAAAAAGAAAAAGAAGAAAAAGGAGGAAGACGAAGAUCCAGGAGAGCUAAGAGAGGUGGUGAAGACGUUUCACUUUCCCUGCAGCCGCUGGCUUGCUCGGGACGAGGAGGACGGAGAGAUUGUGGUGGAGCUAAUGGCUGAGGAUUAUGAAGAUCUGGAGGGUAUGGAGAGGGAGAGUAACCACUUGCAACACAUACAAGAGAGAGGGAGAACGUUUCACAAGAACUGCAGCACAUUACGUUUAACAGAUUAUGGCCAUUGUAUUUAUACUUGUGUGUGUGUGUGUUUUCCAGAGAACACAUAUGAGAUUCGUGUAUUCACCGGCCCGAUGUGGGGUGCUGGGACAGAUGCAAACGUCUACAUCAACAUCUAUGGCGAGAUGGGGGACACGGGCGAGAGAAAGCUACGCAAAUCCAACCAUUUCAAUAAGUUUGAGCGAGGACAGGUGGAUGUGUUCACCCUCAUGGCGAUCGACCUGGGGCAGCUGAGGAAGCUGCGGAUUCGCCAUGAUAACAAACAGGCCAGUGCAGGGUGGUACCUGGACCGCGUGGAAAUCGUAGACCUAAAGGAAGAGACGACGUAUUUUUUCCCCUGUCAGCGAUGGCUAGCAGUGGAUGAAGACGACGGACAGUUAGCACGUGAGCUAGUUCCAGUGGAUGAGGCAUUCAUGAGGAAGGAAUCUGACCAAGGAUCUCCGGCGCAGCUUGGACUUGAACAAAAAGCCAUGACGACCACAUACACCGUGCGAAUAAAGACAGGAGACAAAAAGAACGCUGGAACCGAUGCCAAUGUUUACACUGUUUUAUACGGGACAAAUGAUGACACAGGUAUCAUUAAUCUGAAGGCCUCAAAGAACAAUAAGAACAAGUUUGAGAAGGGUAUGAUCGAUGAGUUCACUAUAGAGGCAGUGGACCUGGGCAGCCUUAAAAGAAUCCGCAUCGGACACGACAACGCAGGUAGCGCUCCUGGAUGGUUUUUGGACUGGGUGGAGAUUGACGCUCCAUCUCUGGGCCAGUGUUUGUGUUUCCCGUGCGGGCGCUGGCUUGAUAAAAAAGAAGAUGAUGGUGCCAUUUUUAGAGAUCUCUACCAUAACAAGUUACAGACGAGACUGUACACGCCUUACGUUCCAUAUGAGAUUACAAUCUUCACCAGUGACAUUUUUGCGGCGGGGACAGAUGCUGACGUCUUCAUCGUCCUCUAUGGGCAGAAUGGCAUUUGUACAUCUCAGAAAUCGCUCUGCCUCAACAAGAGAGAGAGGUGCAUGUAUUUUGAACGAGGAGCUGAGAAUAUGUUCAUUGUAGAGCUGGAGGACAUCGGUGACAUCAUUGAGAAAAUCAGGAUUGGUCAUGAUAAUCGAGGAGUGAAUGGGGGUUGGCACCUUGACAGAGUGGAGAUCAGGAGACUGCUGAGAAAAGGAAAGGGCUCUGAGACGGCCAUAUUCCCGUGCGAGAGUUGGCUGGCGCACUCGGAGGAAGAUGGUGAGACGAUCCGGGAGCUGGUCCCUUCUGACAUCAUCAUCGAGAAGUUGUCUCGAGAUGGAACGCUCAAAAAAAUUCAGACCGAAGUGGAUGAUGCACUGGAGAUUCAUAUAUAUUCAGUGACUGUGACCACGGGCGACGUGUAUGGGGCAGGCACUGACGCAAAUGUAUUUAUCACUAUAUAUGGAGACAUGGGGGAUUCGGGGGAACGUAAACUCAGCCAAUCAGAGAACAACAGGAACAAGUUUGAACGAGGAGCGGUGGACACCUUCAGUAUUGAAGCAGUGGAUCUCGGCGAGGUGUUCAAGAUCCGCAUACGCCACGACAACAGCAUGCUAAGUCCUGAUUGGUACCUGGAUCAGGUGGAGGUUCUGGAUACGGAUACAGAUGAAGUGUUUCUUUUUCAGUGUGAGCGCUGGCUGUCUCGCAAGAAGGAAGACAAACGUAUCGAAAGAGUCUUCUAUGUCAAGGGAUUCACAGGAGAAAGAGAGAGUGCAUUCUGCCCUAUAAGGAAAGUGACCAACCUGGACAGCAACAUGAAUAAAAAGAGCAAAAAACGAGCCACUGAGGAGGAGGAGGAAGAGGAGGAGGAAGAAGAGGAACCCUCAUUGAUACCGUAUUACGUGACAGUGAAAACAGGAUCUGAUCGUGAAGCAGGGACAAACAGCCGUGCUUAUGUCAUCAUUAAGGGGUCAAAACAGAGGCAGACCGAGCUUAUGUGGCUGGAGCUGGAAGGAAAGAGCGCCUUCACACCCCAAGCACUCGACUAUUUUACCUGUUACGGUAGAGAUGUAGGAGAGAUCAAAAAAGUGGAGUUAGGUCAUGAUGGAGCCACUGCGGAAAGCUGCUGGCUUGUGGAUGAGUUCUCUGUUGCUGCGCCGACCAAAGGGGUCAUGUAUGUUUUCCCAUGCAAGUACUGCCUGGCCAAAGAUCGAGGUGAAGGUUUAACUGCACGUGUGUUUAAUGUCAUUGACGCAGACACUAUCAGCAUUUCGCGCAAGGUUAUCUAUGAGGUAACCGUAGUAACGGGUGACGUCCAGCAUGCUGGCACAGACACACAGAUCUACCUCACGUUGUUUGGAGUGUACGGCAUGUCAGAGGAGAUCCUACUGCCUAAAUUAGAAGACAGGUUUGAAAGAAGUCAGACUGACACGUUUAAUCUAGAGAUCGAGGACAUCGCCCCACUCCGUAAAAUGCGCGUUCGUAUCGAUGGCUCUGGAAGCAGACCGGACUGGUUCCUUGAUAAGAUUGUCCUACAUAACCUCGAGACGGACGAGGUGGCACUGUUUGUGUAUGAAGAUUGGAUGUCCCGCACAUAUGGAACCAAUCGGACACUCGUGUGUGAAAUGCCUGCAAUUAUCGAUGAUGAAGAAGUGGUGCAGCUCACGACGUACAGUAUCGCAGUCAAAACCAGUGACCUCGCAGGUGCUGGGACAGAUGCCAAUGUAUGGAUGAUUAUUUUUGGUGAGAACGGAGACACAGGAGCUCUUGCUCUGAAGGAAAGCGAGAACACCAACAAGUUUGAGCAAAGCUUGACUGACACGUUUCGCUUCACGGACAUCCUCAGUCUUGGAGAGCUCUCCAAAGUCCGGGUGUGGCAUGACAACACAGGACUCGCUCCAGGGUGGCAUCUGGAGUCUGUGGAUAUUUCUGAUGAAAUCAUGGGGAAGAAGUUUCGUUUUCGUUGUGACCGCUGGCUUGCGAAGAAGGAGGAUGACGGGCAGAUCAUGCGAGAGUUGGCCUGUGCUAACAAUGACGUGCUGGACUUUGACGAGAAGACAAAGUAUGAGGUUGUCACGGUAACAGCAGACACGGAUGAUGCUGAGACGAAGGAGAAUGCCUGGAUCAUUCUGGAGGGAAGACUGGGAAGAUCCAAAGAACUCACCAUGGAGAACUCCACCAAAAAGAAACGUUUUUUACGAGGUGCCACGGACCGGUUUGAAUUCUCCUGUAAGAUUCUGGGUGACAUUGUCAGUAUCUGCUUGGGCCACAUCCCCAAAGAUGGCAAGAAGAGCAAAUCAGAAGCCUUCUGGAGGGUUGAGGAAGUCGUCGUAACGGAGAAGAACCUUGGCAACAGGUACAUCUUCCACUGCAAUACCCUCAUCCCCAUUUCAUCCAAGCGUGAUGACUUCCAGACCAUUGAGUGCACAAAGUUCAUUGAGAGCUUUGCCAGCAAGGCACGCAAACUGGUGCCCGUCACAUACGAGCUCAUUGUAAUCACAGGCGAUGAGAAGGGUGCAGGCACUGAUGCCAAUGUCUUUCUUACUGUCAUCGGCACCAGCGGUGACUCAGGCCGCCGCCAGCUGAAGCAGAAGUUACGUAACCUAUUCGAGCGUGGCCGCACAGACCGAUUCAGCAUAGAAUUGUUGGACAUGGGCGAGCUGCUUAGAGUCUGCAUUGAGCAUGAUAACUCGGGCAUCAGUCCCGGUUGGCUGCUGAACCGGGUCGAGAUCACCAACACAGCCAAUGGGGUGACCACUGUCUUCCCAUGUGACAAAUGGCUGGACAAGAACAAAGCUGAUGGCAAGAUUAAGAGGGUUCUUUACCCAAAGUAUUGAUGUCUUGGGAUUCCAACAAAAAAAAAUAUGAAUGCACUAAUAAAAGGCCAACUAUCUUUCCUUUUAAAUGAACGUACUGCAGGCUAAAUAUCAAUAUCAAGCGUAUAACACAUUAUACUGGCACAUGCCUAGUGUACAAUGAACAUGCUUACAAACGUGCUGCCAAAUGGGACUGUGUGGGCUAAUGAUGCUAUUUAAAGUGUCCACAUUAAUGAUAUUGCACUUGUUCAAUACUGAGGUAUAGCAUAGAACAGACGAAAGGGAAAUAAACGCUAACGCACAAAUGUGCUAACAAGCAUCAAUCCUCAUGAACUGAGCACAGCUAACAACGGUAUUUUGAACUGUCUGAGAUGAAGAUCUGAGAUUUGCGAUCACAAAAGGGACAUGGGAAUGAUUUUGCUAACAAAAGUGCUAAUGAGUAUUCCUCUGGAUCAGAGUUCUCAGGUGUCAGUUCUGCCAUAGUACUGCACACGUCUCCCUUCCUCGUACGGAUUCCGAUUCAAGGAUUAGUUUUAGUCAUGCGAUAAAACACUCAAACACAGCGCCGUU